UGAUCAUUUCAGUUGCUGAAUCAAGAAAUGGCGGCCGCAUCGAGCUUGCUGUUGGAAAAGCCGUCUCAAAGUUUUUCUCUGCUGGCAGUGCAGUUCAGUGACAAAUUGGCCACAAUUCAGCUGAAACUAACCGUUUUAGCGGUGGAUUUUACAUUCUAGUGAUUAUUCGGGGCUCACACGUUCCCCGAAAGGUGUGAAAUGUAACUUUUGCAAGUGGAAACCUAUGGUUUCGAUGGAUGGAAAUUUUAUUACAUAAGUGUUCCGGUGAUUUGCUGGAGAAAAUUCUAUUUUCAGUGGUGUGAUUUGGGGGUACCGUGGUAAUGUUAGCAUUUAGGAUACCUCGCAAUUUUUGGUGAAGUUUCGGUGGCAAAAAUAGUAAAAUACUAAGUGAAACAAAAUGUAACUUUUUCUGGAUUCGUCUUGUUUGGUGUCCUGUGAAUAUCUCUACUCACCAAUCAGCACUAGUGUAUAUACAAACAAUAAUCUGAUGUGCCAGGGUCUCCGGAGCUGGAGGUUACAUAAUAUCCGACCUUCAAUUUUCCAACGCAAGCAUCGAAAUUUAUUGGCCCCGUUGGGAAGGAGAAAAUCAAUUUCCAAGAGCAUUCCUGGCCGAACAUUAGCAGUGAUAGAAAAAAAGGCGCACACAAACAUUCAAUCAAACCAAACAUGAUUGCUAAAUAAAACGAACGAGCGGAAGAUCAAACGGAACAUAAAUCUGCACACAUCGUCCCUCAGCCACAUAGGAAUACAUUAUUAGGAUAUCCAAUCGAUUGCUCACAGCAAGCGACAUAGUGGCAGCCGACGGUAGCCAGGGAAAAACAGUGCGGUCGUCAACUGGGGGCUGAACGGCUGGCAUUCUAUUUCGCUUCCAUCGCUGUCAAUAACAGAUCUGACCACGGAUCAUUGCCGGCAUUGUUACGGGGAGGAAGUUGCGUAACCAUGGCACUCUCGCUCCAGCAAGAAGUCAAUCUGUCACGUCGGGCAUGUGGGAUCCGUAGUGGUCACUGCCGCCGUUCCAGUUCUGAUGCACAACAACAACAGCAGCUGAACCACACUCUUGGUGCUAAUGAAACGCCUGCAGAAUCAAUCCAUGAAAUCGCUUUUAAUCAAAAGUACGCCGGAAUCAGUGAGAUCGGUAGUGAUGUUAAGGAAAAGCUUUUACUUGAAAGUGUGCCGCAAUCAGUGGGAUACGGUCCCCGGGCUGCAGAAGUGAGGAAUAAUUCCCGAGUGCAGCGAAAAAUGUUCAAUUGUGAUUUGAUUGCGCAAAUUUUCCUAAUAGUUAAAGUAUUAGUGGUGAGCCGUUUCCGAUUUAACGCGAGUGGUAUUUACAAGCGUCCGGUGCGGUCCAGUAGGAGCAAUAGUUUUAGUAUGUAUUUAGCGAAAAUGGGCGCGUGCGUGGUGCUGGUCAGCUUUCUGCUGUCGGACAGUGGUUUCGCGUUAGCCAGACCCAACCGGGCAGGAAACGAGCCGGAAUCAGUGGCUGCGGCAUCCGAGCAUUUAGUCGGGGCGGAUCUGGUUACGCCUAAUCCGGGUAUGCAUUUCGGUUCCCUGGGACCGAGCGAAAGUCAAUUGAAGCGUUCUGCUGAACUAGCAUCUAUUAUAUCGUCAACAGUGCCGUCCGACGGUAGUGGCGGUACAUCGAAGCAGGAUGAAACCCACAGCUCUGACGGUGGCCACGGCGAAGGUCACGAAGUGGAACGAUACCCGGUGGCGCAGGUGGAGUUCUCACGCGUCGAGACGCCCUUCGUGAUCGGGGUGUGGAUUUUGUCGGCCAGUAUUGCGAAAAUUGGCUUCCACAUGACGCCGAAGCUGAGCAAAAUCUUCCCCGAGUCCUGCCUGCUGAUUGUGGUGGGCGUCAUAAUCGGGGUUUUGCUGAGGUAUGCCACCAACCUGCACGUGUCACCGCUGACGCCGAACACGUUUUUCUUCUACAUGUUGCCGCCCAUCAUUCUCGAUGCGGGCUACUUUAUGCCAAAUCGAAUGUUCUUCGAUAAUAUCGGUACUAUACUUUUAAUGGCUGUGAUCGGUACCAUAUUUAACAUUGGUACCAUUGGUAUGUCGCUGUGGGCGUGCAGUUUAACCGGUAUGUUCGGAGUAAGCAUUCCGUUCUUGCACGUGUUCCUAUUUGCUUCCUUGAUAUCGGCCGUUGAUCCGGUGGCUGUGCUGGCCGUUUUCGAGGAAAUUCACGUCAAUGAAGUGUUGUACAUCGUCGUGUUUGGCGAGUCGUUACUAAACGACGCCGUCACGGUUGUGAUGUAUCAUAUGUUCGAAUCGUACAAUGAGAUUGGCUCUAGUCAGAUUCAGGUAAUCGAUAUCGUUUCGGGUGUUGCAUCAUUCUUUGUGGUGGCUCUCGGUGGCACCAUUAUCGGUGUCAUCUGGGGCUUCCUAACCGGGUUGGUCACUCGCUUCACCGAUCACGUACGGGUUAUCGAGCCAAUCUUCAUCUUUGUGAUGGCCUAUCUGGCGUAUCUGAACGCGGAAAUUUUCCACAUGAGUGGUAUUUUAGCCAUUACGUUCUGCGGCAUAACGAUGAAAAACUACGUCGAACAGAACGUUUCGCACAAAUCGCACACAACUAUAAAAUACGCACUGAAAAUGCUGUCGUCUUCAUCCGAAACGAUCAUCUUCAUGUUUCUGGGUGUGGCUACGGUCAACAAUCGACACAUCUGGAAUACAUGGUUCGUCCUGCUAACGAUAGUGUUUUGUUCCGUUUUUAGAAUUAUAGGUGUUUUGAUAUUGUCGGCAUUGGCAAAUCGUUUCAGGAUACAUAAACUAUCCAAAGUAGACCAGUUUGUUAUGUCUUACGGAGGCCUUCGGGGUGCUGUAGCGUUCGCUUUAGUGUUACUAGUUUCGCCGGAACAUAUUCCGUUGCAGCCAAUGUUUGUGACGACCACAAUCGCGGUCAUCUACUUCACAGUAUUCCUACAGGGUAUAACCAUUAAACCCUUAGUCAGAAUCCUAAACGUUAAGCGCUCGAGCAAGCGGAAGCCAACGAUGAACGAACGGAUACAUGAAAGGUUCAUGGAUCACAUGAUGGCGGGCAUUGAAGAUAUCGUCGGAAAAACGGGCAAUUAUAAUAUUAGGGAUAAGUUUAAGAGAUUUGACAAUAGGUUCAUUCGUCCAUACCUAAUUAAGAAUUUACAGGGUCCGGAACCAAAAAUUUUAGAAACCUAUUCUAAGCUGACGAUGCGCGACGCGAUGGACUACAUGCGACGGAACCCGUCUACGAUUGGCCAGAUGUCAGGCACCGAGUCGAUGAGCGCUCUGUUCCGCAACUACACCGGUGUAUUCGGGGGAAGGUGCGGGACCUCCUUUCUGGGCACAUGCCCAAGCUUUUCUAAUUUGGAAAAUUCAACACGUAACUUGGACAUGCAGGAGCUCGAUUACAAUCCGUCGAAGAAAGACUUGACUGACGCCAAGAUUCACCAUCUGCUAUCAGUGGAACUGAAACCAUACCGAAGGGUUGCAACUCACACGCACCGAAGACUGAGCUACAGUCGGCACGCAGUAGAUGAUCGGGAUUUGACAACACAGCAAGUGAACUACAAAAUGCAGAUGAACAUUCGACGAAUGAUCAGCGAGAAGAAGCAUCACAAGCGCAGCAAACGUGUAAAGGACGGUAAGCAGCAGAAUCACGUCUCAUUCCCCGAAUUCGCGCAGAACGGGACGGCCAAACAGUUUGCGAACGAUUACAUCAACGAAGUGCUGCACGAAGACAACGAGGAGGAUGAGAGGCUGGCGACUGUUCCGAGUGAUGAUUGGGAUGGCGGUGGUCUAACUUUCACCGCGAAAUCCUCACCCGAAUCACCGGCUAACGUGCGGCCAAAGUCCGCGUCCGCCAGUGAUCAUGGCGCCAACGGUAGUCUCUCGACGAGUGCCGAGAUCAGCAACAGCAAAAAUAAUAGCUCGUUGAUCGCACAAAUCACUAGCCUGCCAGGAUUCGAUCCGACGAAGGCACGCAUUGUAAAGCAUGUUUCUAGCAAAUUCACCUCCUCCUCCUCCUCUAACACAAACAUCAGCAAUACCGGCAACAGCAGUGACACUACUGUCGUGGCACCGACUAGGCCCCCCGAACGGCCGGAACGGCUUUUGCCGACCGCGGCCGAAACAUUCCUUCCCUGGCGCAGGGACAAAUCGUAUCAAAGUUUCGUUGACGAAAACGGCGGCGAGUCUGCUAAAAUCGAUAAACGCGCCUCGAGGGACCUGAAGGACACGGAAGCUGAAACCCGCGUCACCACGCCCACCGCUAUAGAGGCAGUGCUUCCAUGGAAACGAGGUGACGAGGACGGAGGACAUGGUGCUAUCAAGCAGAACGAGUUCCCAUCGUGGGCCUCGAAUAAGGAGUAUUUAGCAUAUAAUUCACCAAGUGCAACAUUUUUAGGUGGCCUAACACAACCUAAACAGGCUAAGUCUGUAAUAGGUCUUUUCCGGCGCGAGAGUUCCGGCUCGGGUGGAAUCGUGAUCGGCGGGGUAACGGAUUCCGAGACAUCGACCCCGGUGACGGCGACGACACCGAUCGGACGCACCAAGAAGGAUAAACGAUCCGCGUCGAUCGCCGGCUACAUCACCAUCGAUGGGUCCAGCGACAUCAACGGAGAUCCGCUCGGCGUUUCCAGGGCCGCCGUCCCGCACGCUAAUGCCUUCCCAGUGACCGCUAGCCACAGGCGCAACAACAGACGCGGUUCGUUGCUAGAACUAAGCGGGUACAACACAACCGAUUUUGUCGAUUUCACUAUUGUCUCCCAUCGUCGAUUAUCGAUGAAAUGCUGCGAGGCGAUCCCAGAAGAAAAUUACACCAAGUCCCUGCCAGAACGAGACAGCUACGGAGCCCGCCGAGGACCAGCUCUAAUCAGGGCCUCGGGAACGCCCAAAUCGGCCAACAAUCGCAAGUCCACCAACCCGCAGACCACCGCCCUGCUCUCGUCGAGCUCGACCGAUUCGGAGGAGGAGGAAGAGGAGGAUGAGGACUGCGGCGACGAGCAGCACCCCAUUUGAGAAAUAUUCAUCUAGGUAGUCUUGACUUCGCCUGCCUCCGCCUAAAUCGCUUUUGGCCCCCGCAGUUGUUCCCCUGUUUGUGUGGAAGAACAUAACCCGGCGAGUUGAGCGAAGGAUGCGUCCUUCUUACACAACUGUAGCAGCAUUCAGUAUACUCGGUAUUGUUACUGUAACUUAUAAUUAACCUAAUUUUCCCCCACUUUGCGGGGAAUGUGAAAGUUCUUAUGCGAUUAGGUUACCAUAAAAUAUUUAAAUUUUCUUCUAAUAAUUGACAAAAACCGUUAGGAAUCAAAGGUAGGAAAAAAAGUAACUAAACACGGGAGCAAUAACUAUAGAAUAUUUUUUAGAGGAAUAAUAAUGCAAUUUCUGUUAUGGUAAGAUUGAUGCGUAAUGUCCAGAUUCGUUUGUAUGUUUUUUUGUUACUGUCUAUCGUAUUAUUAAGCACAAUGUCAGAUUUUCAUUAGACAACAAAACGUUUGUUUCAGUUCACACAUACACUUCUUGAACUCUAGUCUUUCUCAAAAGGUAGGUUGGUCGAUGGUGUGAUUGAGCAAAUCACUGGUUCACGUUCCAUAUUGGUAAAUCAAUCGAGGAAUAUCCAGCAUUUGAAAAACAAGAAUGGAGUCAUCGGAUGUUAUCCAUAACAAGUGAGCUUCUUUUGUUCACAUUUACACGGUUCACCAUCUGUGAUGCAUCUAUGAGCUCCAUGUAAAUUAUAGACUUUGUUUUGGAAAUUCUCUCUUAAGAAUACGAAUACUAAAGAUAUCUUCAAAAGCUCGAACCGCCAAGGACCCUACACUUGAUUCCUACAAUGCCAUCGAACACCUUCGAUCUUCUACUACCAUUUAUCAUCAUCCAAAUCACUAGCGUAGCAGUUAUCCAGUUAUUGGAUUAGUAAUCUCUCUUUUUAUGAUUCAUGUACACAACCUAUCAAAGUAGUUAUUGAUCAGUUUUAAUUCCAAAAACUGUAGUGUUGAUUGUUAUUCGAAGAGAUGACGAACCAGUCAAAUCGACAAUGGAAUCAAGGAGCUUUUCUGAUCUUCGAAACUAGAUGAAACCAGAAACUGCUACUCCGUAAAGAUCCGAUGGACACGUAUAUAUGUUGAGUUAAGAAGGGUCUCAUCACGAACGUCACUUAACGGUGAAAACGAAAUGAUUGAUUUGCAAGGUUAGAUACGGUUGAUUCUGUUUUCACCGUGAAAUGAUGUUCGUGAUCAGGCCCGAAGAACCUGAAUUGUCGGGUUUUGAAUAAGGUAAACAUAAUUUGAGGGGUCUGAUGUGUGAAUUGGAAUGAAACUGAGGAUAACCCAGCCUGACGUAAACUCAUCUGCACAUCAGAUGAUAUUAAGAGUUCCAAUGGACACGUUUUUCCCGUCGUAAGAUCAUAAAAAACACCAAGUACUACUCGUGAGUCUUCUUCGAGCAUUGCCCAUGCUUCUUACCCAUAGAGGACAACCGGUCGAAUUAGGAAUUUGUACAUGGUACACUUCGUAUGGGGUCGAAGUUUGUUACAUCUUAAUAAUUUACGGAGCCCAUAGUAGGCGCGACUUCCAUUGACUAUGCGAAAACGUGUUUAAAAAUUCGUUCAUCAAUACUAAAGGGUGUCCCACAUCAAAUUAAAUCACAGAAAAAAACGUUGUAGAAAAUUACCUAGUUGACCGAUCCUUUUCAAACCUUCAGACAAUAAAAUAUAACCCAUUGGUAAACUUGUGGCAUAUUUAUAUCAUUAAACUUCAAUACUAUAACCGUAUGCUCGCACCUUACUCUCAACUCCACUCAUAAGGUUCUGUACACGUCUGGCUGCUGCUUCUUCUGUACGGAAACCCACUUCUUCAUGUCUUCCUCAGAUUUGAUCUUCUUGGGAUGCUUCCGUAGUGCCUGCUCCAUAACAGAUCUGGUUUUUUCGAACAUCAAGACAUCAGUAGGGUUCAAGAACUAUAUAAGUGCGUACAUCUCAGCUGAUGCAUCUGUCAUAGGUUUCAAAAAACAAACAAACAGCCUAUAUCACAGCUGUUUUGAUGCUCGUGGUGUUGGCAUCAAAACAUGGCUGCCUAUGAGAGGGCUGGGAGACACCCACGCCAUAAUAAGAAUAUUGGGCCCUUUGAUAGAAUUCGAGUCGAUAAGAAUUUUGCUCGUUAGCUCUCUUUUACUAUUAUAGAUACCGAGCAAGUCGAUAUCAUCGACCGAGUGAUAGCAAUCGGUGCAACUGUCUGAUUUGUUCGAGUUGAUUGCUUUGCUUGUGGCAUAUGUUCAGUGAAUUAUUGUGUUUUGGUUUGCGUCCCUGUUAUUUUCAUUUGGGAAACAUUUCAGAAACGCUUAAAAAUAUGCAAUCGCAACCCAUGAAAUUUGAGCUCGGCAAGACAUUAGGCCGUAUGAAUAAAAGCAAAAUUCACCUUUACUUUACUUCAUUUGAGCAGUCGAGCAGUGAGAUUAAGUUUUUACUACGUUUGGUAUGAAUAAAAGAAGCAACAAAGUAUUUACUUUUCGAAAAUGGAUGUUUAGCUGAUUUCGUAUGAAUAAAACAGCAUUCAUCAAGUAUUUACUUCGUUAUUAUCAAGUUUGCUCAUGAGCAUACUUUGGAUCUGAAAACACUAUCAUUCGUUUUAAUGUCAUAUCCGAUUUAUGUUUAAUGCUAUCUUGCGCUUGAAGUUAAACAAGUUAACGAUCCGCAUUGAUGGCAUUGAGCUUCGUUUACUAGUUUAGGGGAGCGUGAAAAAAUUGAUUGAUUUUCAGGCGGAAUGAACACGUUUUUAAAAUUUAAAUUAUGAAUGAAAAAUAACCUUUCCGUACCAAAUUGGCAUUCUGUUUAAAUGAAAAACACUUUUCUUUGCAGGUGGUGAAAAAAUCUUGUACGAAUAUUGUUUUUGAAGACAACUUUAUAUUAUAAUGAAAAGUUUCAGUAAUGAUGUUGGAAAUGUAUAGACAAAGGGUUAAAUAAAAGUCGGAAAAAAGUGUUUUAAGUGAUUAAAUAACAUGAUGUGAACAUUUUCAUUCAAAUUUUAACAUUUGAAAACUGGCUUCGUGUCUUCUAAUAUGAUAGGUAUCACACUAACGAGAUAGGGACCCAAACUAUGGUCCCUAACUGAAAGUCGCCACCAGACGUCGACACUAUUCCUUUUUCAUCGCGAAUUCAUGCUUUGUCCAAAAAAAAAACGUUUUGAAACGAAACCUAAACAAUCAGUUGAUAGAUGUUUGAAAAAGUAAAAACUAUGUUCGAAUUCGAAAAUCAAAUUAGUAAAGUAAACUUUUAUUCAUACGGAUUCAAGUAAAUACUAGGAAAGUUUACUUUACUUGGAAACGGGCAGAAUAAGUAAAUACUUUGUUUUAUUCAUACGACCUAUUAUCUCGAUUAUAAUAGGACCCAUUAUACUACAGUCGACUGUCCCUAACUCGAUGUUCUGUAUCUCCAUAUUUUGCCUAACUCGAUGGAUUUCAUGGCACCUUUGAUUGAUUUUACAAGCAUUCUUCUAUCUAUAACUCGAUACCUCGAUGGUCCCUUGGAUAUCGAGUUAGCGAGAGUUGACUGUAUUUCGAAAAAUAUUCAGGAUUUUGAAUGAACGUCGGUCGUCAGUGUUGGUGGUAUUGUUCAGUGACAAACUUCACUAUGGAGAAGGUCAUGUAAACGAAUCUUUCUUGUUUUUUUUUCGCAUUGGAUGGCAAAAAGGACGCGUCCUGAUUUGAGUAAAGAUUGGGGUUACCAUCUGCCUUGAUUUAGCAGGACAUGUCCUGAUUUUGAGAUUCUUUUGGGGUGUCCAAAUUUUCCCUAUAUUCUAGUAUUUGUCCUGAUUUCUAUAAGAAAUUCAAUUUUAUUGAUGAAUCAUAAUCAGGGCCUUACAAUUUUGCUUUAAUUGACAUUUCCUAGCUCACUCAUCAGUGAGUCCUUUCAAUUUGCUGCAUACUCAUGCAGGAUGAAAAAAAUGCUACUCUUCUCAAUAAAAGAAUAUCACUUCACCUCUGAACAGUCUCGUUUCGUUUCACGUUCAUUUGAUCCAUUCUUCACACUGAAGCGAAGCUAUCAAAUCGUCAAAUGAAAAUGAAAAUGUUUUAAAUCUCAAUGAAAAUUUCGUGCUCGGAGCACGGAGCUCGAACCGUAUUUACUGAAAGUAAUGAAAAUGACGAUGUAAAAGGAUGUGCAGUAUGCCAGCAGGCAUAAUCAGUCGCUUGCGCUGGUUGUAAUACUAAUAUGCCCUCAUAUGCCUCUUUUAAUUCCACUUCUUUCGAAAAGACAGUCCGGGAACAUUCAAUUUGGAGAAAUGAAACCGAAUGAAACAUUCAAUUGGAAGCAACGAUCGUCCUUUUACACGGGAAACUGAAACUGACAUAAAGCCCAUUCAUAUGAUAAUGAAUUCGGGUAGUUUCAAUCUGCAAGAGGAAGCGUUUGUUUCAAAUUCAAAGGAAAUGACAGCAGAAAAGAACGAAAUAGAUGUUUCAGUUUGAGUAGAGAAUACUCACAAUCGAAAAAGAUUCUGGCUAAUGAGAAAAGGUGAACUAAAAAGAUAAUUUUCAUCUUCUUGUUUCGAAAUUUUCAAGCUCUGAUCAUAAUUAAAUAAUUUUUGUUUUUGUAUUUUGUUUUUGAGUAAAAACUUUUUGGCCUCGGAUUGCAUCUAUCAGGAACAUAUUUGGUACAAAAUGAAAAACGAAAAAUCUGCCGCAUCGCGAAAAUUGUCAAAUUUCUAGUGCUUAUUGCUCAGUCAUUUGCUGAUGGAUUUUCGAGAUAUUUGCAUCAAUCGACUCCGGCAUUUCCUCAUAAUUGAAUACAAUAACGAAAAUUAUAUAUUUUAUGAAACUAACCAUCGAACAACUGAAAAAUGUCAAGCAUUAUCUACACGAAAGUCCCGCGUUCUGAUUGGUCAAUUGGCACAAGUAAUCUGUACUCUCCCAGUUAAUCAUUCAAUACGAAUACGGGACUGUGCAAUGAAUUAUGCGUUUGAUUUGAUUUUUGAUGCGGUAAAUCAUACGUUUUGAUUGGACCAAUUUGCUCUCCUCCAGUUCUCACCUCAAUCCCAUUCGGCAUUUUUUAUCGUGCGCCAUCCAACGACUAAUCAUCAUCUUUCAGCCAUCAUCGCUCGAUUGUACCUCUGGUGUAGUGAACAAAAAAUACUGAACAAUCAAAUUAAACGCUCCUUUUCAGGGCCAUCAAAUUACUAUCCAAAAGUUCAAUAAUGGAAUGUUUCAAACAUAUACAGAAUCAAUUUUGCAAGAAGAGCUUAACGCAAUCCUACGUCAUAUGCUGUCGUUUCUCGGUCACAGCCCUCCUGUAAUUUUCAUUGGUGACUAAAAUUUUAAAAUGUCUAAACGAGAGUGUCAUUUUACUAAAGGAUGUAUAUCUGGGUAAGGUUGUGACCAGACUCAAUCGAAAGCCAUUCAAAAGGCUUGAUUGAAGACUUUUCGGACCCGCAAUAACAAUGGAGGAGUAAAAUAGGAUGGGAAUGUUGGAGUAAAUUGAUCGUUUUCAUCGAAAAUUACAAAGGUGGUGAAUAUCGUCUAAGGAUGUAGCAGAAAUUUUCGAGGCAAUUCAAGCUCGACACGUGUUAGCAUCUAACAGCGAACUGAAAAAUCGACUGAAACAAAUUUCUCCCCAAUUUUGUGAAGGAAGCUUUCGCUAGAGAUACUAAGAUUCCGUGGAUAUUUAUGCAGGCCGCUGAAAUUAACCUGGCCCUUUCCUAUGCCACCCACGCUCAAUUUGUGUUGGUUGUAAUAGGAAUCCAAGGGCUUUGGUGCAAGUUCAUCAGAACGAGAGAGAAAACUCUGCUUCGGUUAGCACUGAUCGCUUUCGGUGCGGAAUCAAUUUGUAGUAUAUCUUGCUUGCGCCGAAAAUAUGUUCGAGUUAAUAAAUAAAUACAAAACCAUUUUACGCAAAUUUGAAAACAAAACCCGCCCGGGUGUAACUUGGUCACGCUACGCCACUGCCUUGACAGAAUUUUGCAGGAAACUGAACCUGCGAUAAUCUGAAGGUGCAAUAUUGCAAAGUUCUCCCAAGGGAAAAAAAACCUAUGCACAACAUAAAACUAACCUUCAACAGUUUUGGAUGAUGCUGCUGGAAUAGCACCUCCCGAUGAGACUCCUAAAGAAUUAUAUUGGCAAAAAGACAUGAAAUUGAACAUUACCCGGAUGGAACACGACGACAGAACAUUGAUUAAUUCUGAAAGUUUGUCCUGGAUUAGAUAUUAUAUUCAUAGAUAUAUAAUAAAUGAAAGAAUAAGUAAGUAAUAUACUUUUUUAUGUAAGCAGUUCUAAUUUCUAACCAGGAAAACUUUGACAGCGAUCCCAGUAUAUUUACAAAAAUCAGAAAAAUUGGCAUAUCUGGUUAUGAGAGCAAGCCGUACUUUGUUUUUACAAUUUCAUUUGUGUGUUCUUGAAAAUGUGUUCACACCAAACGCACCUAGCCAACUACACAUACGUCCUAUGGAGGUAUUCGCAUCAGUAUUGAUUGAAAUGAAGCAAUAUAUUCUAAAUUUGUAUGAAACUCAUGUUUUCAGUAAUUUCAAAAAAACGGAAAAGCAUUCUUCCAGAAGGGAUGUUAUGAUAUGUAUUGAUACGACAAUGCCGUAAAUAUGCUGUAAAUAGUGCAAAAAUCACGAAAUUUUCCAUAUCGACGUUCAAAAACACCAAAUGAUUAGGAGUCCCCUUCGGGCAUCCUCCUUGCUACGCUCCCAUAGAGGACUACCGGUCGUAUAAGAGAUUUCAGUCAGUCAAUCAAUCAGCCGUUUCUGCACCCCCCUCAUCACGAUGAAAGCUGUACUCAGCUCGUGUAUGUUGUUGCAGCUGUUGUAGAUGGUAUAACUACCUUGCAACGAUCGCAACGUCAAACCUUUCCAGUGCAUCUCCUGUAGCGCUACGAUGUUGAAAUUGCAGGUUCUUACUAUAUCCGAAAAAAUUCGGGUACUCGCAAAAAAGUUCAGAGACUUGCAAUUCCAUGUCCCGAGUUAGGACAUGAGAAACAUACUCUGUCGAGGCACCGGUCCCUAAGAAUGGAAGGCCCUCAAAACAAGCUGCUGUCAAAAUAUUCUUAAAUCGACUACUUGGAGCACUGCUGUUAAAUGAGCAGGUCUUGGUCUUGGAUUGUAGUUGAAUUGAACUUUUCGUCAUCACAAUCUCGUCGGAAGUUCAUUCCCGCGCUCAUUUGAUCAGCUUUUGAAGAAAUUUAUCUGAUACAGUUUCUCAGUUAGAAACUCAUUACCUCACACGCUGAGAUCAAGUAUAUGACACAUGCUAUCUUACUGGCUGUGUGCUGGAGGUGUUAAAUUGUUUGAGAACCCCUCUGACAGCUGGUUCCGGUCUGGAUUGAACUGCGACGACCAAAGCAAAGAUUUUUGAUAUUUGUGAUGCUCCAGAUCAGUGCCGAAAAUAUUCACGUUCACGACAUUCAAAUACGGCGAAUUUCAGCCUGCCUUGUAUUGAUAGCCUACUGCUCAAGCACCAAGCACCAACACCAGUGGAAUGAACAUCAACCACAGCUUGUCAUGAAGUUCAUUUUUUAAUUGCAUCUCCAUUUUGGUCAUGAUAUUCGUAACGUGGAAAUUGAAGAUCAUUGCGUAUUAGUGAAAAUUAAAGCAUAAAAUUCAACGUCAUCCAAUUGAGAGUGAAAUCGAUUAAUGGUAAAAGAUUCUUUCUUGUUUCUGGCGACUUCGACAAUUGAAUGUAUAGUAAAGCUAUUGUAUUUUUUAUGAAUCUACUCCCGAUUGAUCGGAAAUAGCAUACACCCCCCAUUUUAAAUAACAGACGAGCGGAAAAUAAGCAUUAUCUUGUUUUGAUUUCCGGUUUAAUGGUACUGGCUCUAAAUGACCAGCAAUUAUAUAGAACCCCUACGACAUACGAUACAUCAAUAUCGUAUUCCAUUUUGGAAAAAAAUUGUGGCUUCCAGGUCAUUGAAAGCGGCCGAAAAUGGAUUUUGUGAAGUGCGGUUAGACAAAGAAAGUGUUAGAAACUAAGUUCGUGUUAGGGCGAAAUGGCGGUAAUAAAAGAGCAUAGAAAGCGGAAACGGAAACGGAAAGUGACUGCACCUCUCACGCUAAAGGAGUUUAAUUCUCACUCCCGAAAUUCUUCCAAAACUGAAAGUGACGAACCAGCCGAAAAGUGUUGAAAGUCACUUAAUACAACAUAACAAAAGAAACGGCAAUGGAACGCUCAAUGCCGUUCAACAUCGCACAACGGUCACCGCUCAACGGAAACAAAUGUUGCCUUUUCCGGAUUUCUGGUCCUUUCUUUUUUCCUAAAUAUGAAAAUUAAACACGAUUUCAAUAAAAACUCACUGCAGACGGUGAAGAUCAACUUAAAGUUCGUAAUAAUCACCAGAAAUUAUCGACAGUAAUUAAAGUGCCUGAAUGCAGGCUUUACGAAGUUCGUUCAUGCUGUUUUCGUUUAAUAUACCAGACAAAGUUCACGCGUCUCGACUUUUGUGUUAUACUCAUUAUGACAGAAUAUGGUGUUGAGUUUCAACAGAAGAGAAUUCAUCCGACACUGGGAAAAAGCUAAUUUCGUCAUUCGUGAAUAAAUUUUGAUAAUUUGUGGCACUGCUCGAGAUGAUGGCAUCCAAAAUGAUGACAUGUCACAUUUCUGGUUGAGACUGGAUCGUUUUUACUC